UGCUCCGUCUCUAAAGCAGGUCUAGCCCGAUCUUCCAACAUGCCUUUCGGUAACACCCAUAAUAACUGGAAAUUGAAUUAUUCCUCUGAGGAGGAAUAUCCUGACCUCACCAAGCACAACAAUCAUAUGGCCAAGGCCCUGUCUGCUGACAUCUACAAGAAGCUCAGGGACAAGCAGACACCAAGUGGCUUCACCUUGGAUGAUGUCAUUCAGACUGGAGUUGACAACCCAGGCCAUCCUUUCAUCAUGACUGUGGGCUGCGUAGCAGGGGAUGAGGAAUCCUAUGAGGUGUUCAAGGACCUUUUUGAUCCCAUUAUUGAGGAUCGUCACGGUGGUUACAAGCCAACUGACAAACACAAGACAGACCUCAACUUUGCCAACCUUAAGGGAGGUGAUGACCUUGACCCAAACUAUGUGUUGAGCAGCCGUGUAAGGACUGGCCGUAGCAUUAAGGGAUAUGCCCUGCCCCCCCACUGCAGCCGUGGGGAGCGUCGUGCCAUUGAAAAACACUCCAUCAAAGCUCUCAGCAGUCUGUCUGGGGAAUUCAAAGGGAAAUACUACCCUCUCAAGGAUAUGUCAGAUGCAGAGCAGCAGCAGCUGAUUGAUGACCACUUCCUGUUUGACAAACCAGUGUCCCCUCUGCUUCUGGCCUCUGGCAUGGGCCGUGACUGGCCUGAUGCCCGUGGUAUCUGGCACAAUGAAAACAAGACCUUCCUGGUGUGGGUAAAUGAAGAGGACCAUCUGAGAGUCAUUUCCAUGCAGAAAGGAGGAAACAUGAAAGAAGUCUUCAGACGCUUCUGUGAGGGACUUCAGAAGAUUGAAGAGAUCUUUAAACAAGCAGGACACCCCUUCAUGUGGAAUGAACAUCUGGGUUAUGUCCUUACCUGCCCAUCAAACUUGGGCACAGGCCUGAGAGGAGGUGUCCAUGCCAAGCUCCCCAACCUCAGCAAACACCCCAAAUUUGAUGAGAUACUGGGCAGGCUUCGUCUGCAGAAGAGAGGCACAGGUGGUGUUGACACUGCAGCAGUAGGAGGUGUCUUUGAUAUCUCCAAUGCUGAUAGGCUGGGCUUCUCUGAAGUGGACCAAGUCCAGAUGGUAGUGGAUGGUGUGAAACUCAUGAUUGAGAUGGAGAAGAAGCUUGAGAAGGGACAGUCCAUUGAUGAUAUGAUGCCAGCACAGAAGUAGAUGACAGGGGCUAGAGACAGAGCCUAAACACCCUAACCCUUACCACCAUCAAAGGGGACAGGAGACCCCAUUAAGAUCAUUAGAGGUCAAAAAAUGGCCAUCUACAGGGGAAUACAUAAGUAAUGGAUGUGGGUGGGAUAAUCUCAGAAAUGUAGUAGGAAGAUCCAGCACAAGAAAACAAAAACUUCAAAAUCAACAUAAAAGAGAAGAUAAAUCUAAUUCUCUGAUAAAGAUUAUAUUAUUGCACAUUUACCAUCCUUUCACCAUUUGUUUUGUAAACCCCCCAAUGAUUGCCUGGAGACAAUAAAACCAAAAUAUCACCUCUAA